UUUAUCUUCUUUCGCGCACGUCUCUCUCUCUCUCUCUCUCUCUCUCUCUCUCUCUAGCACUCUUCUUUUCUUUGACCUCCCUUUACGCUUUCUCUUCUUUUAAACCCCAAUCUCAUAUCAGCUUCUCGAUCGGUUCUAAGGCAAAAAGGGUGAAAUUCUCAUCCUGAAAUUUGGUAUUUACCUCAAUCACGGAGCUUAGAUCUAAAUUUCCAACCAUUCAGCAACAAUGUCCUUUGCUCGGAAUUACCAUUCACAAGGUAAUUACCAUUCGCAAGGUGGCACUCUCCACGAUGAUCGUUGGUCCUCUUUCAAUAGAAACAACUACAGUAACAGGAACAGGAGUAUGAACACAAAUAGGAAUGACAAUUACAACCAUAACUGGAAUUAUAACCAUUUCCAUGAAUUCCCAGGAAAAUUCAGGGACCACAUAAACAACAGUAACAAUUAUGUUAACAUUUCUAGUGGUGCCCCAUCCUUCAAAAGGAGAAAAUUUAGUGCUGGCACCUGGGGAGACACUGGGAGACACUUUGUGCAGCAGAUCACUUAUGAAACCACUGUUCCUUCAACCUACAACAAUUCUGUCCCUUCUACAAGAUCAAAUGCUGAGACCUCUACGUCUACCAGCUGCAAACGUGACCGCACAAAAUUGGAAGAUGAUGAACCUGCAUUUAUGUCCAGGGAUGAGAUUGAGAGACACUCCCCAUCGAGAAAAGAUGGUAUUGAUGCACUACGGGAAACACAUUUGCGGUAUUCUUACUGUGCAUUCCUUCAGAAUCUUGGACUGCGGCUUGAUUUGCCACAAACCACUGUUGGUACUGCCAUGGUUUUGUGCCAUCGUUUUUUUGUGCGAAGAUCACAUGCUUGCCAUGACAGAUUUUUAAUUGCUACUGCUGCUAUUUUUCUUGCUUCAAAGUCUGAGGAGACACCACGCCCUUUGAACAAUGUACUGAGAGCUUCUUGUGAAAUUUUUCACAAGCAAGAUAUGACUUUUUUGUCAUACAUUCUCCCUGUUGAUUGGUUUGAACACUACCGGGAGCGAGUGAUUGAAGCUGAGCAAAUGAUACUGACAACUCUAAAUUUUGAACUUAAUGUGCAGCAUCCAUAUGCUCCACUGACAUCUGUCCUUAACAAAUUAGGGUUUUCACAAACAGUUUUGGUGAACCUGGCCUUAAACUUGGUCAGUGAAGGGGUCUACACAAGAUUAGCGUGCUUAUUAGCUGGCGGAUUGAUAUGCUGUGCAUGGAAAGUUUUUUUUUUAACCUCUGAAGUUGAACUGCCGAUAUGUUGUGGAUCACAUAACCAUGAUUAUAUACCCCAUCAACCCGGUUAUCUGCUAUAAAGAUAGCCUCAGAAAUUCCAUAACCAUUUUGCUAUUUAACUUCUUCCAUUUUCCAUUUUUUUAUUUGGACAAUUUUCUGGGCCCUUCAUACAAACUUCUAGUUUGUGAAGCCUGGUUGCUUUUCCAGCUGUUGUCCCUUCACACAAUUGGGAGGAAUUCUAUUGAUUGGGCUUGGGUCAAAGACCAAGUAUGGUCAUGUCCUCCCUGCAUUAAAUGAUUUUUUUAUACACGCUUGCUCUAAAGAUUUAUGCUAGUUGUCUUCCAUCUAACAUGUGUCUAUAGUUGCAUCUUUUAUUAUAAAACCAUUUUGGAUUUUUUUGCCUGAUCCUUUUUUUUACAUUUCUCAAGCUUUUGUAAAAUUAUGGCCUUUUUUUAGUUCAAUUUCAUAGACGAAAAAUAUUUUUUCUGAAAGGGACAGUUCAAACAUUUGCCAACAAGUAUUUCCAUUUGAUAAAGGAGUGUCAACUGGUUGUGCAGUUGCAUAGUAUGAUCUAUUUUUGAGUUCAAUUGUAUGUUCUGAAAUGGUACUUGUGUAACUGUUUGGCAUGAACCUGUCAUUUUUUAUGGUAUAUUUCAAAAAUUUGUCAAUCUUAUCAGUGUAAACCAUGUAUAGAUUGGGGAUACAACGUACAAUUCCACCUAUUUAUGUACUGGCCUCAUCAUGAAGGUUUAUAUUAGAUGCUCACAGCAUAUAUUAUCCAGUACUUGUGGGUACCUAGACUUGAACCUUUUAUUGACCAUGGUGAAGACCUUCACAUUGGGAGACAACUAUAUUAUAGCAUACUCAAUCACUUAAAUGGACUUCCUAAUACUGCUGGGAGCAUGGACAGAGAUGGCCUAUAUUUGACUUAAUCUUUUUUUAGCCUUAAUUAAUAUAUACACAUAAAAAUUAUAUUAUGCUAUAUGCAUGAAAUAUGUUCUCAUUAUCUCUUAUCAUUCUGUUUCUGGACUUCUCUUCUUGCUGUCACAUCUUUCUAUCGUCAAUAGUAAUCUAGUAUGUUAGUUCUUUAUUAAAGAUGAUGCUUAUUAUCUUUCUGUUCAGUUUUUAUUAGAAGAGGAUACUUGUUAUCUUUUUUCUUUUUUUUUAUAAAAAAAGGGAAUACCUAGUAUACUUUUCUGUUUAAUGUUUUUCAUCUUUGUCAAGUACUUGCAUAAAACAGUGUUUUUAUUAAUCCAAAAUGAAGAAAUUAUUUGGAUGAAGAAGAAGGCAUACUCCAUUGAGAGCAUAGGUUUUAAAGGUGUGCUUGAGGCACAAUGUGCGCAUGGUGCAGUCCUAGUGCCUCUACCAGGCUAAGGCAGGCGCCUUCAACCGGUGUUCACUCUUUCCUAGGCACAAUGCAUAGGAAAGGCUUAAUUUGCAAGUUUUUGGUUGGGACACUAAAAGGGGAAAAAAAGAACAAAAAAUAUCGGUCACAACCUACAGUAAUAAACUCAUUAUCUUGUUGUGGAAGGUAAAAAUCACCACAAAAAUAAUUUUUUUCCAUUUCUUUUUUCUCCUAAUAAUUUGAUUUCAUUUCUUUGCUACCUUUACUUUGCGGUUAUUUUAACAUAUUUACAUGGUCAUAUGUUAUCCGCAGACAAGGUGCAGUUUUAUCCUUCCCACACGUCUCCCUCAUUUGUUUAUGUGAUAAGUUUAUGGGGUGUAACCAUUUCAGAGAGUUUGUUUGUUGGUGUAGGAUUUCAAAUAUUACACUGUGUCUGUGGACAACAUAAAAUAUUAAACUUAGUAUGUAUGUGUCUCUCUUUCUAUCUUUUGGUGCUUAAUUGAAGUUAAUAAAUGAACUAAUUUAUUUAGGUAUGGUGCUUUAAGGUGCCUAAAGGAAAGAAGAUGGCUUGUCACUAUUCUAGAAGUUGAUUUACAUUUUUGUUUUGUAUAUGUAAAUGUAUUUUGUGUAGCUUAUUAAAUUCCUUAAAUGCUUUUGACCAAUCUGAGAGCUAAAAGGUGGGGAAGAGAAAGGGUGAGGAAAUGUUCUACUUCUCAAACCUCUUUUUUGG